CAUUUUCUUCUGAGGUUGCCAUUUGACAGGAACAAGGAUUUUUGCUCUCUGCCUCAUGGAGAUGAUGCUCUUACAAACUGAGCGGCUGCCUAGCCUUUUGGCAGCCUCCCGCUCACGAAUGGUACAAACUUGGGAUCCCACAACCCUAACACGAGCUCUAAAUUGGGGGCACUUCUUUCGGCAACUUCAUAGACGUCUUCGGGCUCAGCCAACUCUCCGGGAAGCUUUGAAGAAACAGCUGAAAAAAAGAGGUUUAAUCAGGUUAAGUCACUUGAAGCGCUGCCCAGAGCUUCUGGGGUUGGCACUGCUGGAAAAUCCGGCAUUGCCUUCUACUACCCGCCAUAGCCUUUUCUGCAGCUUCUUGAUCCCAGCCACUGGUGGAGUGGAGCCCUUCAUCAGUCUACUGGCAAGACACAGAGCUGCCUCUCAACUUCUUGGUCUCUUGGAACCUCCUGUAAAAGGAAUAGCUGGUGUUGAACAAUGGGAAGGGCUGCCAGUGAGAGUCCAGGCUCAGCUGCUGCUUUCACAGCUACAAGGUGACAGAGAUGGUGAUGGGAACCAAGGUCGAUCUUCCUCAGCCUUGUUGGACUGUUUGCCUUGCGGUUCCAUGCUGUACAGAGUUGUGGCUGCAGCAUUGAUGGAGCCUGGUUGGGAAGUGGAGGCCAAGGUGUUGCUCCUCCCUUGGUUGCUGUUUGGAGACCCAUCUCGUCUCUUGUCCUUCUGCCGCUUUUUGUCUCCCCAGUGUUUGGCUUCACUUUGUGCCCGUUAUUCUGAAUUACUUGCUUCCUAUUUGACUUUCCUCUCAGCCUGGGGAAACUGCCUCAGUUAUGACCCUCUGCAUGGGAAAUGGCAAACUAGUGGUUUAAAAGAAGAUGAAGUACCUUGGCAGGAGAUGCAGGAACGUGUCCGUGCCCUUUACCAGGAGCCAGAGCCUCUGGGCAGUGCAAUCCAGGCUUGGCUAAGACAGCUAAAGGCCCAGGAUGGGAACUUUGAAGUCCGAGGUCUGAGCAUUUGGACUGACCUUUUGCUGGAUAUGGAGAUGCCUCAUUUUGAAAGUAAAUUUAACAUGUUAACUAAAGAGGUUGAGUAAAAAAAGUGUAGGUAUUAUACAGAUCAAGUGUAGAAUUCUAUGAUAAUUACAGAAAAGGUAUAGAUUUAAUAUCUAAAUAAAUAUAAAUGUGGGGAAAUUAGCUUGAUCUUAUGAACUGGUUUACUAAUCCAUAGUGAAGAAAGAAUACCUUUAAAGUGAGUGCUGUUAAGUAUAGAUAGGUUAAAUAUAUUAAAAUUAGUAGGCAGAUUUUUGUUCCAAUUGAAAUGUGUUCCAUCUUAAAGAUGGUGGUCCAAAGAGUGAAUUCUUUUUGCACUGUGAAAUAGUUGAGGAAGAAUGUUUUAAAAAUAGUUACACUUGAGAAAAUUUAAAGUAGCAAUGUGCCAAAGUGUAAUCUUGCUACAGAACUAGAGCAGUUGAUUAAAAAAAUAGUAAUGUAUAUAACUAUUCCAGAAACAUUUAAUACAUGUAUUUAGUAACUGAAAAUAUAACCUGUGAUGGAGUCACAUUAAUUGGAUAUUGAAUACUAUUAGCUGCUUAUUCAUUGCUUUCCUAUUUAAUAUAUUUUACACCCUAUGAUACAUAGGGCAUACUGUAUCUUAAGUUACUCGUGAAACA